AUGGCCAUGCCUCUGGCCGCAGGCUGGAGAGCCAUGCGUAGCGACCCGCGCCUGGUCAAGAUGUGGUGGGACGGUGACCUCGUGAUGGUAACAGCUAUCGUCGAGGAUGCGGCGGGGGUCACAGGGCUGCCGGGGGUCACCUUCACCCAUGGACCCUGGAAGCUCACCAUCGAGGCGUUGAAAACUAGAUUGACAUCACAGCUCCAGCGGAUGCGAAGAACCAAGAUGGAUUUGUCGCUGGUUGCGGGGGGGAUGUUGGAUAGUCUUCGGUGGGUCGACAACCUCGAACAGAAGCGCGACGUCCUGCGCCAGAUGGACGACAUCCUCGAGGGGGGCGACUUCAUCUUCAAUCCUGCCUUGGGGGGUAUCUGGAUGAAAUUCCGCCACUGCCCGUCCACGAUGAUCGGCUCCGGCGAGUGGAACACGGGAUUCGCUACGCCCACCAUCAAGUUGCACGUGCUGAUGUGUCGUGAGCGUCUCGCCAACACGGGCGGACUGGUGGUUCAAGAGAACCACGAGUACGCCGACGCGGCUGCGGCUGCUGAGGCUGGAGCGGCGGCUGAAGAGAGCGAGGAGGAGGAGGAGGAGGAGGAGGAAGAGGAGGAGAAGGAGGAGGAGGAGG